ACAUGUACACCUGUACAUGAUCAUGACAGGCGAUUACUACCGUACGUGAUAUAAUCAACAACUUGAACAAGGGGUUCGCUUGAAAAAAAGCAGAAAUACUGGGCCCUACAAAGGGGGACUGAGAUAGUGCAGUCAUCCACAGGGGCGAAAACGUGUGCAGUGAUGUGCAAAAGAUUUUCCGGCGAUUUUACCCCCAGAAAUAUGAAGUUCGUCGUCAACGCAUCUCUAACUCAGGAUACCACCACCACCAUACACCACCGCAAUUUCAGUCUAGAACUUGUGUGAACAUAUGACACUGACGAGGUUCAGCCAGAAUGUCUGAAAAAACACCACAUAAAAACCAAGGACACUGGUGGCGGAAAUGGAAAAGACAGAAGUCCAGGAAGCACAAGCGUCACCACCGUGACUGUGGACAAUUCAGGGACAAUCACAACUCAGACCAAGCCAGCCAUCACCAUGACAACAUUGAGACACAAGAUUGUCGUACAGAACAAGACUGCGAUGGGCAUCGGACACUUAGGGCUGUAAGUCAGGGUCUGCUUGCACCAGUGAAAAUGCAUCCUGCAAGACAGGCAAGGUUGGUAAUGGGAACAAAACCCACUCACAUUCAGCAGUGACUGACCAUCAGAGGAUACAUGUAGGUGGUGACAAGAGAUCUUCCCUUGCAGCAUACAGGACAGCAUGUGCUUGCACAUCUCAUCAGUGUAAAACAGGAAGAGCUAUGAAUGCUGGUAGUUGUGGCAUGGAGACAGGACAGAAUGCGUCAACCUCAGGAACAUCGGCUUCCACAAACAAUGCAGCUGUCAAAGAGAUUCCAGGCUUUUACUAUGAUCCAGACAAGAAGCGAUACUUCCGUCUGUUGGCCGGCCAUAACAACUUCAACCCACUGACAAGAGAGAAUUUAGACAAAAAAAAUGCUGAAAAGAAGAGGCUAGAAAUGCUUAAGGACAAUCUUCCAAACUGUAAACCACAGAAUAAGCAGAAUUUCUCACUCUGUCCUCUUCAAAGAAGGCUCCAAAAUGGUCAACUUACCUCAAGACAGUUCACAAGAUAUGCCCAGGAACAGGCGGUCAGUAACUUCAAUCUGACCCCAAGAAAACUUGACAAUUUCCCUGACCGGUACUUUGAUCAGGAAUCGGGAGAUAUUAGUUUUUUACAGGUGGAUUGUAACCUUCGAAAUAUCCUGAUGGUCCUGUCAGAUGAUUGCCUUAGCAGGAUGUGGCAAGGCACUAUUACGUGUGAUCGUUCAAAGCCAAGAAUGAUGACCUUAUCCAACUGGAGGGUCCUUAAUAUCAUCAGUAACAGAAAUACAAAGAUCACAAGUGCAUCCUGGGUUUCUACUGAGGACUCUGAAGACCUACAAGUGAUCUACUCACUUAGUGGAGGUCCAAUGAAUCUGAUUCAGCUAAUGAAGUGUCCAACUGAAGAAGAUGACCAUAUUCACAUCACCUACAGCUAUGAAAGUAACCAUGAGUCAGCAUGGACAUGUGCUUGGAGCCCAAAUCCUCUGAUUCCUGGCUAUUUAAGCAUAGGUUCCAAUAAGAAGGCCUUAGUAGUGGACACAAUCUCUGCAGAGAAGAGGAAAGUUUUCACCAACCACAGUGAUGUACUUGCUCAAGUCUUUGCCACAAAGAAUCCUGUACUCUACAAUGGUACACGCCGUGGGGAGAUACUGGGUUGCGACCUUCGAUCUGUGACUGAGACAAGGUCAGACAUCAAUCUGAGACUGCGACAGAAAGUGGCUGUAUGUUCCGUCAGACUCCUCAAGGAUGAAAACUACCUCGUGGCCAGUGAUAUGAGUGGACAGGUCAAGCUGUGGGAUCUUCGUCAGUGUUUGUGUGUACAAGAAUAUAAGGAACACCAUAACCGUCAUUCUUACUUGCCAAUAUGCCUUGAUUCUACAGAAAACAUCUUGUAUGGAGUUGGUCAAGACAGGUAUACACGACUGUGGAGUCUGAAGGAGGGUCGUCUCUUGCGGACUAUCCCAUGUCCAACUCCUCCUUCCCCUAUCAAUCCAGCUGUGGUCUACUCUCAACAAUGGCAUAAUGGAGCACCUGGUGGCUUACUGCUAGGGGUCCAACGAGAUCUAUACUGGUAUCCUCUAUGAUGAGGGCAUAUACAGAUCCUUAGCAAAAGAACGAUCUUGGGGGCCCCUGAAAAGUUGCUAAUUCCUUGGUUACUCCUGCAUAGCGUCAACACAAAUUGGAAGCUCCAGCCAGCACUUACUAGCACUAGGAAAUUGGUUUUUGUACCUGGGUUAGAUGGCUUACAGUGCAGUUGUGCUUAGACCCAGGGCCUACAGAAUGCUUAAUCCAGCUCUGGGUGGAAUUAUUACAUUUCACUUUCAAUACAAGACAUUUUGCGUAUUACUUGUGCUCUUUGAUUUUAGCAUGUGGUAAUAAGCCAGGUGAACCAGCAUGGUACUGAGUGUUCACUGCGACACCAGUACUGUUCCCUCCUUGUGAAAGUUCAGCAAAUAAUAAAAGGGACAGAGAGCCAAUAAAUGUAGCUGUCAUUGGCAACAUCUAAUGUUUCUGUACCACCUAGAUGCAAGAGACUUUGAUUCAGCUUGGCAAGUUAUUCCCUACUCAAUGGGCGACUGUGACAUGUAAAUUUGCUGUAUAAAUAUAAAUUAUUGUAAUUUUAUAAUUUCUGUAAUGAUAACUUAAAAAUUGUGUUUUACUCAUGCGCACUUGGAGGAGAAAGUGGUUCAUGGUGAUGUUGAAGUUUUUGUGUUAACUUUUUUGUUACUUUACCUGGAGGUUCACCUUGAGACUUAUUCCAUGGGACCUACUUCAUGUAUUUCAACCCACCACUUCUUUUGAAUAAAACAGGAUGCGACAUCACCAAUUUAGAUUGUACCUGAUAAGUCAUUGGUGAUUCUUGCUGUAUCAAAAGGACAAAAUUAGCUUUCAAGUUAAGUUUAUAUUAACCACUUCCUGCCGGGGUGCCCGGUUUUGGACAAAAGAGCUGGUCUUUCUAACUAAAGACUG